AUGCGGUUGCUGCUCCGCCUCGACGGCGUGCGCGGUGCCCGGGAGUACCGCAGGAGGGUCACGCGGCGCGUGCUCACGCUCCAGGAGGCAGUCGACGCGCUCGAGGCCGCGCCCGCGGUGGUGACCGCCGAUGCGUCAGACGUUCAGGAUGAAGAGGACGAAGUAGAGGAUGGGAUGGAGCCGGAGUUGCCGGUUGAAGAUGACACCGCAGCGGAUCCUCUGGCUAUCGAGACAACCGACACGGCGGCGAUGGAGGUUGAUGCUGUGAGUCCCGUCGUUGUCAACGAGGCCGGCCAGACCGAGACCGAACUGGUCUCCGAAGUGGAGAAGGACUCGGAGGAGGAGGGCGAGUGGGAGAUGGUGGCCACGGGGGACGGCGACGUGUCCACCGACGAGGAGGACCCUGCACCGCUCAAGGCGCUGCAGCAGCAGCAAGAACAGGCACAGGAGGAGAAGAAGACGGUGACCACCGACGGGCUGGACGCAAAGAAGUUGAUGGAGAUGGUGGUGACGCUGUGCGAGCGGAGCGCGCAGGAGUGCGCCCUCAUCGGGGCCCUGGCGAAGCGGGUGGACACGCUGGAGCGCGCCGUCCGGCGAGUGGAGGUGGCCGACCGACGCAGGCGGAGGAACAAGAAGACCAACAAGGAUGGCGAGAAGAACACAACAGCGACUAGAUAUCAUAAAUAG